UCUGGCUCUGCCUCUCUGUGCCGAGCGCUGGCGAUUGGAGUCACCCAACCUUGUUCUAAGGCUGGGUACCAAGCUCCUGUCGCGAGACAGAAGCACGGGUUUGAAGAUGGAUUCUACUGUAAAAGGAAAGACCACUGAAGGAAAAGGCCUGACUGGCUAUCCUCUUGCCAGGAGGUUUUCCCAUGCAAAUCCCUCUAUGCUCCUUCCCUCCAAGCCAUUGCCUCCCAUCCAAAAGAGCUCUCCUUCCACCAUGCCAAGACAAAUAUGCAGCAGAGAGCAGGAGAAUGGGAAAAAUGGCAGCGGCCGUGAUGAGGACAGGAUAAAAAUACAGGAGCUGAGUUCAGAGGGUAAAGGACAUAAGGCUUCCUUGCUGUAUUCCAUUGGUGGGGAUAUGAAGAAGGGGUCAUUGGGACUGCCUUUGAUCCCCCCUAUACGCAAGGCAGGAAGUCCCCCUGUUGACAGUGCUGCAGGGUCCCAGCCAAGCUCUCCGCAGCUGGAUUUCCAGGAGUCCCAGGAGAUGAGGCAAAGAUCCAGCAGCAGAAUCAAAGACAGGAACUCUGAAGAUGCAGGCGAGAUUAGGUUCAUUUCUUCCAAGUCUUUCCGGCCACGUCCCUCUUCGCUGCUUCCCUCCAAGCCGUUGCCUCCCAUCCGGGGCAGCUCUACUUCUAACACAAAUGAAAUGUACAGCAUGGAGAAAGAGAACAAGAAAAAUGUCACUGGCUAUGAUGGUGAGAGUAGAAAACACCAGGAGCAGAGUUCAGAAGGAAAAAGUUAUGAGAGUAUGCUGUAUUCCAUUGGUGGGGAUAUGAAGAAGGGGUCAUUGGGACUGCCUUUGAUCCCCCCUAUACGCAAGGCAGGAAGUCCCCCUGUUGACAGUGCUGCAGGGUCCCUGCCAAGCUCUCCGCAGCUGGAUUUCCAGGAGUCCCAGGAGAUGAGGACAAGAUCCAACAGCAGAGGCCAAGACAAGAUCUCUCAGGAUGCAGGCGAGAUUAGGUUCAUUUUUUCCAAGUCUUUCCGGCCACGUCCCUCUUCGCUGCUUCCCUCCAAGCCGUUGCCUCCCAUCCGGGGCAGCUCUACUUCUUCUAACACAAAUGAAAUGUACAGCAUGGAGAAAGAGAACAAGAAAAAUGUCACUGGCUAUGAUGGUGAGAGUAGAAAACACCAGGAGCAGAGUUCAGAAGGAAAAAGUUAUGAGAGUAUGCUGUAUUCCAUCGGUGGGGACAUGAAGAAGGGGUCAUUGGGACUGCCUUUGAUCCCCCCUAUACGCAAGGCAGGAAGUCCCCCUGUUGACAGUGCUGCAGGGUCCCUGCCAAGCUCUCCACAGCUGGAUUUCCAGGAGUCCCAGGAGAUGAGGACAAGAUCCAACAGCAGAGGCCAAGACAAGAACUCUCAGGAUGCAGCUUCUUCUGAGCCUACAACAAAAGCCCAGAGGAAGAAGGGAAAGAGCUCUUGGUGCAAGAUAGGACCUGGGAUGCCUCUGUUCCCAAGCAAACUGGCAGACCUGUUUGGCUUGGAGACCUAUGUGCCGAAGGCUGCCCCUGGGAAUGGAGGUCUCGGCUCCCGGCCGGCUCAGGGGGCCUUGGCCCAGGAGCUGCGGAGCAGCGCUGGCCCCAGGGUCACUGCCAGGGAGGACAAGGUGAAGGCUGAGCAUGGCUCAGCGUCACACAGAGGCCUCCCACUGAGCCAGGCCAAGGAGAUGGAUCAUCCCACCAGUCCUGGUCUUACCAGUGACAAAGAGCUGAGGGACGUCUUUGGAAAUAUCCGUGCUGCUUUGUGGAAGUUGGCUGAAGAGAACUUAGAGCCGAAGGACGUGGAGCAUUUGGUGGAAGAGAUGAAGAAAAGUAGACAAAAGGAAAGCUUCUUGCAGCUUCUUCCUGACACAGUUGAGCCCGGGGAUGCAGCUGAAGCAACCUUUAGCCUACCGCCUGUCAAUGGCACAGCUUCUAGAGUGCAGAGAAAACACCCUGGUAGUGCCUUGAAGAAGAAGGUCUUGAGGAAGCAGGACAACGUGCCCUUACUGCCCAAUAAGCCCAUCAUCCAUGGGGAUGGCAGCUUCCCACGCAACUCCUCAGUGACCUCGCAGACGGCCACUGGUGCUGAGCGCCGAAAGGAGCCGCUCCGUGGGAAGGGGCAGAAGGACACAGCCUCUUCAGACCCACAGCAGUCCUUGCUGAAGGCACUCUCCUUGCUCGGCAGCGAUGACUGGGAGCUGAAGGAGAAGGCACUCUUCAACAUCAAACAGCUGGCCGAGUCCCAUUCAGCAGUCCUGCUUUCUAGACUUCGGGAUAUUUGCAUGGCAGUUACCAGCGAGGUGACCAACCCCCGUUCCAAGGUGUCCUACUCUGCAAUUGUCACUCUGGGAGAGUUCUUUGCAACCUUGAAGAAGGACAUGGACUCUGAGGUGGAUCAGGUUGCUCCAGUCCUUCUCCAGAUGGUGUGGAACUCCCCAGAGUUUGUUCAGAAAGCAGCCAGGCAGACCCUGGGGAUCAUGGUGGAGAAUGUGACUCCUGCACGAGCAAUGCCUGCUCUCAUCGACAGGGGAGUCAAGAGCCACCACGCCCAGGUGCGGAAGUGUGCGGCCAAACUCCUCCUGUCCUUGAUGGAGAGAAUUGGAGUCACAAAGCUCGCAGACACACCCAGGGCUGAGAGGCUGGCACACGUGGCAGGGAUGCUUGCUCAGGACUGUCACCAGGACACAAGGCAUUAUGGACAGGAGAUGGUGAAGAUGUUGCUGAGUCACCAAGAAUUGAAAAUGCUUUUGGAACGAUCUCUUUCCACCCGUGACCUGGAAGAUAUCCUGACAAGAAUUAAGAAGAAAGCAAUGGAAAACCAGAAGGGCGAAUGCCCACCUGUCAAGGAGCCGGUGGAGAAGAGGAACGAUGGCUCAAAGAAGCCCCAGGCCACAUUGCCUUCUAGCAAACGUUUGGUUUUGUUUUCCAGGGUGAAGUCUACCUCUGAUGGACGCCUCCUACACCGUGCAAAAGCCCAGGUCACGUUACUUCCAGCUGUGGAAGAAAUGGAGCCGCUCCAGAAGCUUUACAAUCUCCUGCAAGCCAAGGGGUUUCAGACACGGAUGGAAGGAGUGGCACUCCUCCUAGACCUGUGCAAAAACAGCCCCCAGCUCAUCUCCACUAACAUUGUCGAAAUUUUUGAUUAUUUUGUCCUGAGAAUAUCUGACAGCCACAAGAAAGUGAAGCAGAAGGCGCUGGAUGUGCUGGCAGAAAUCAUAGGCCUCCUGGAAGAUGCCCUGAACCCGGUGAUCAUCAGUUUGGUGGAAGGAAUAACAAAGAACCUGAACUCAAAGGAUCCCAGGGUUCAUGCUGCAGCUGUGAAAGCACUGGAAGGAUCCAUUGCUCAUUUAGAUAAAGUAUCACUGAUGAAAGAGUUCAGCUACCAAUGGAGUCAACUGCGUGGCCAAGCUCUGCUGGAUGUCACAGAGCGUAUCACAGAGCUUGUGGAAUGGGUUUAUGCCAGGAGUCCUGAAGUCGUCCAGCGCUACGCCCUGCCCGUGCUCUGGUCCUUCCUGGAGAACAAGGCGCUGCCUGUCCGAAGCGCCAACGUCUGCACGGUGGCCACCAGGCUUGCCAAUGCCCUCUAUGAGGUGAUGGGCACCAAGCUGAUGAAGUGUGCAGCCAGCAAGCCUCCACACGUGCAGCAAAACCUCUCCAACAUUUUGGGCUGGUGAAGGCAGGAUAUUCUCCAGAAAGCUGACCAAGUGCUGAGUUGGACACCUCCGGAUUUGACUUCUUAGCUGUGCCAAAAAUGACAAAACACUAAGGAAGGGUGUGCAUUGGCCCCCGCUUGCUCCAUCGCCCUUCCUAGUCGUGGCAUGGGGGGCCUGAAGCAACUCCAGACUGAGGACAAGGUGAAGGCCAAGCAUGGCUCAGCCUCAGACAGAGAUAGGGCUGGCUACAGUCGUACCAAGAAGAUUUCUCUGGAGACUUCUGAAGUUCCCUUAUCCACAAAGUCCUUGCCUCCUGUCCAUGAAGAGCUCUCUUUCCUCCAAGCGCAGGAAGAAGCUACCGACGGUCCGAAGAAUGUCUCAAGAAUAGGAUUUAUAGAAUUUUUAGAAGUCUAUAGAAUUUUAUAGAAUAUUUUUAGAAUAGUUACAGAUGUACAUAUGUUUUCAUGGUUUUGAAUAAAUGUGU